CUCUCUCUCUCUGCCAUUGCCACGGCCGAGACCUUUUUCGCCGCCGCAUCCUCUACCACGGAGAAAAGCUCCCAAAGCUGUUGACAAAGAUCUCUAUAGGAUCUCGCCAGCGCUCCUUCUCGCCAAACACCGAAGAGUUGAAUCUGAGUACCUCCCUCUGUACACUAACUAUGGUCUAGGUCUUACCACUUGGAGUCCACUUGCAUCAGGAGUUUUGACUGGAAAAUAUUACUCUGGAACCAUCCCACCUGAUAGUCGGUUUGCAUUGGAAAAUUACGAGGUCCUCAAUUUCUCCAUCUUAACGUUGAAGUAAAGCUAUACCUCCUCCAUCCCUUCGUCUCUAGCGGUUGCAUUAGCAGAGGUGCAUCAUGGCCAAUGGGAGAUUAGGACAAUGGUUGCAAAUGCUAGUUUGUGUACUGAUAUUGCUCAAAACAGAAGGCUUUUAUGUUGGCAUAGCUUAUGUUCAGAAUUCUGUUGCAAAAGGAGCAGUUUGUUUGGAUGGGUCUCCCCCGGCUUACCAUCUUGAUAAGGGGUUUGGAGCAGGAAUUAACAAUUGGUUGGUUCAUUUUGAGGGAGGAGGAUGGUGUAACAAUGUUGCAACUUGCCUUGCCCGUAAGAACACUCGUCUAGGUUCAUCUAAGCAAAUGGCAAAUCAGCUUGCUUUCUCUAGGCUUCUGAGCAACCUGCAAAAGUUUAAUCCAGACUUCUAUAAUUGGAAUAGGAUCAAGGUUAUGUACUGCGAUGGGUCAUCAUUUACAGGCGAUGUCGAAGCAGUCAAUCCCGCUACUAAUCUUCACUUCAGAGGUGCAAGGAUUUUUGCCGCUGUUAUUGAGGAUCUAUUAGCAAAAGGAAUGAAGAAUGCUGCAAAUGUACGUGUGGUUCAUAUCUAUGUUGCAUACUCUCUUUCUCCCUUUGACUUGGCUACUCAGGGAUCAGCGAAAAAUUUACCCAUAUCGUGCACUUCAAAAAUGAGACCUGGUUUGUGUUUUUUCCCCCAAAACAUGGCUCAGCAAAUUCAAACACCACUUUUUCUAGUAAACGCAGCCUACGAUUCAUGGCAGGGAAAGGGAAUCAAGCUUCGUGGUUUCUCAACACGGACAACGACAUACACGAAGCCAUUGAAUCCUCCUGCUAUUUCAUUUGAGACUAAAGAAGGAGGAGCUAUGUUGAGUGAAGCCAUGGCAGAAGGAACAGCUGAGGGGUCACUAAAGCUACUCGCAAACUAUGGAAUGCAAAGGGAUUUGAACUUCUGUGGUCCGGCAAGUUUGUGCACUGUGCUUAACGCCCUUCGUGUUGAUCCAAAACGAGCUUGGAAAGGUCCGUGGCGCUGGUUCGAGGAUCACAUGGUCGGGGAUUCGGAGAUCAUGGGGAAUAUCCAGAAAAAAGGAAUCACAUUUGAUAAUUUUGCUGAACUUGCUAGGAAACAUGUCGACAUUGAAGCAUUCAAGGCUCAACAUAGCUCGUUGGAGCAAUUUACUGACUCUGUGAUCAAAACGACUUCAGUGGAAGAUUUGCACAUGAUUCUGUCAUACUCUAGGAACAAGGUCAAUCAGACGGGUGAUGGUCAUUUUUCACCAAUGGCUGCAUAUCACAAGGGCAGUGACAUGCUUUUGAUAUUGGACGUUGCUCGCUACAAAUACCCUUUUCAUUGGUUGCCGCGGAUGAUGGUUUGGGAUGCCAUGAACCAAAUCGACAAAGAAACGGGUGAAACACGGGGGUUUAUGAUGGUGAGGAAGAAAUCUCAUGAGCCAGAGCUAUGGAGAGAUUGAUGAAAAGUGUAGAACUGAAUACUAGAUAUAUAUUGUUUGCUGGUACUUUGAAAUUGUUAAAUACUAUAUAGUUAGGAUUUUGUUCUGUUAGGUCUAAAGUAUAUGAUCAUGUUUUGGGGAGAUAUAUGUUUAUUGGAGGUUUAUGUCUAUUAGAUUCACUAU